AUGACUAUUAAAGAAAUUAUGAAGUCAGAAAUCAUGAAGAAGAAUCAGCGGUGGCCUAAUCGAGAAAUCCCCUACACGUUGUCGUCUCAGUAUGGCUCGUAUGCCAGAUCGGUAAUUGCGAAGGCUAUGCAGGAGUAUCAUGACAAAACGUGCAUUCGAUUUGUUCCACGAGAUGUUAGUCGCCAUGUGGACUACAUUUUUAUCCACCCUGACGACGGAUGUUAUAGUCUCGUAGGAAAGACUGGAGGGCGUCAGCCAGUUUCAUUAGAUUCCGGCUGUAUUCAAGUUGGCACGAUCGUACAUGAGCUCAUGCAUGCCGUCGGCUUCUUCCAUGAACAGAGCAGGCAAGAUCGUGAUGAGUUCAUCGAAAUAGUGUGGCGAAAUGUGCAAAACGGAGCUGAUGAUCAGUUCGAGAAGUACAACAUGAACGUGAUCGAUCACCUUCAUGAACCGUACGACUACUCGUCGAUCAUGCAUUACGGACCGUAUGCUUUCAGCGGAUCUGGGAGGAAAACUAUUCUGCCACGGAAGACAUCCGCAAUGACAGAAGUGGAGUAA